GUCACUCCCUUCGUCUCCACCAGCCUCUUCAGCCCGGACCCGCCGGGCUGGGCGGCUGGGAGGGGGGCGAAGGGGUGGGCAGAGGUGGAACAUCCUGAGCCUGGUGCCUUGGCGGCAGCCCUGUGACCACGCAGAUGGCGCGCAGGGCUGAACCCCCAGACGGGGGCUGGGGGUGGAUGGUGGUGCUCUCAGCGUUCUUCCAGGCGGCACUGGUGUUCGGGGUGCUCCGCUCCUUCGGCGUCUUCUUCCUGGAGUUCGUGGCCGCGUUUGAGGAGCAAGCCGCGCGCGUCUCCUGGAUCGUCUCUAUAGGAAUUGCGGUACAGCAGUUUGGGAGCCCAGUGGGCAGUGCUCUGAGCACCAAGUUCGGGCCCAGGCCCGUGGUGAUGACUGGGGGCAUCUUGGCUGCGUUAGGGAUGCUGCUUGCCUCCUUUGCUACCUCCUUAACUCACCUAUACCUGAGUAUUGGGCUGCUCUCAGGCUCUGGCUGGGCCUUGACCUUCACUCCGACCCUGGCUUGCCUGUCCCGGUACUUCUCUCGCCGGCGCUCCUUGGCCACAGGACUGGCACUGACGGGCGUGGGCCUCUCCUCCUUUGCCUUUGCCCCCCUCUUCCAGUGGCUGCUCAGCCACUAUGCCUGGCGGGGGGCCCUACUGCUGGUAUCUGCCCUUUCCCUCCACCUGCUGGUUUGUGGUGCUCUCCUUCGCCCCCUCUCCCUGGCUGAGGAUCCCACUAUGAGUGGCCCAGGGGCCCAACUCACCUCCCUCCUCCAUCACGGCCCCUUCCUCCGCUAUGCCGUUGCCCUCACCCUGAUCAACACUGGCUACUUCAUUCCCUAUGUCCACUUGGUGGCCCAUCUCCAGGACCUGAACUGGGACCCAUUGCCUGCUGCCUUUCUCCUCUCAGUAAUUGCAAUUUCUGACCUUGUGGGGCGUGUGGCCUCUGGGUGGCUGGGGGAUGCAAUCCCAGGACCUGUGUCUCGACUUCUGAUGCUCUGGACCACCCUGACUGGGAUAUCACUGGCCCUGUUUCCUGUGGCCCAGGCACCCACAGUCCUGGUGGCUCUGGCUGUGUCCUAUGGCUUCUCGUCAGGAGCCCUGACACCGGUGGCUUUCUCCAUCCUGCCGGAACUGGUGGGGACUGGAAGAAUAUACUGUGGCCUGGGACUCUUGCAGAUGGUAGAGAGCAUCGGUGGGCUUCUAGGAGCUCCUCUUUCAGGCUACCUCCGAGAUGUGACCGGCAACUACACGGCUUCUUUUGUGGUGGCUGGGGCCUUCCUCCUUGUAGGGAGUGCAGUUCUGGUCAGCUUGCCUGGCUUCUUUUGCUGCUCCACAUCACCUACCUCCAGGUCCCAAGACCUUGGAAUAGAAACCCUGGAAACCAAAGUCCCCCUGCCCAAGGAGGGUCUGGAAGAGGAUUGAACUCCAAGGAAGGGCCAGUACGGAAGAAUGACCUAUAGAUACCCAGUCAGAAGAAAUGAGGAUGAGACUGCACCUGUAAGCACCCUCCUCCAACAGACUGAAGUGGACUGGCAGACAGCAUCCCAAAGAGUCCCUGUUCUGAUGACAACCAUGUAGCGGAAGAAGAUUCAACAGGCCAGCCAGGCAGACCCCCUUUUCCUCCCUCAAGGCCUAUCCUGUUUGUUUUCCACCAGGUUUUUUUGAUAUCUUACAUAGGAUCUAUUUUCCAGGGCCCUAGGUUGGCUAACAGUGGAACUUUCAGGGGAAAAAAAAGAGAGAGAGAGAAUAGAAACUUUAUUGGGGGAACAGCUUAAACAACAAAUACUCAACAAGUGGUAUCCAGAGUCGGUUGUGGGCCUUUGGAAGAGAGGGGAGCCACCUGCACCUGAGGAUUGGGAAGCAGCUCCCCCAUCUCGGUGGGUGGGGUGGCUGGACUUGAGGCUGGGCCACAGGAGGGCAGUGCCCUGGGCAUCCCCAGGUAGAUGAAGCUGCCGGUGAGAAUGAAGGAGCCAGAUAUGAGGAAGGAGGUGCUGAAGUCUCCAGUCUCGUCCUUUAGGAAGCCUGAGAGCAAGGGUAAAGGAACUUAGAGGCUUGGUACCCCAGGGACAGAGCAAAGUUAGGAGUGGACCUGCUGUCUCGGGGCCCUUACCUGACAGGGGAGGACCCAGGAGCCCCCCGAGGCUCAUCAUCAUCAUCACCAGCCCGGUGGCCUGCACAACACCUCCGAUGCCCACUAGCCCUGGAAGCACCCCAAAAACGAGUGGGGCAUAACUUCCAGCGCUCAGGCCGUAGGCCCCUGCUGCGGCCAUUAGGGGCACCCCCCAUACAUCGCUCCCCACCACGGGCACUAGUCCCACGGCCAGCAGCCCCAGGCCCGUCAGAGCCCCGAACACCACCAGCAGCCGUGGGAGAGGCACCCAGCCCUGGUCUGCCAGCCAGCCGCUCACUAAGCGGGCGCCUGCAUCUCCCACCGCGGCCACUGCCACC